CUUACAGUGAACAUUUUAUCUACUGUCUUAGUUUAUAUAAACCUUAUCUGAAAGGAUGUUGUAAAAUUUUAUAUAAAUGUCUUUAGAUCUAAAGGCUGCAGUUUUGUUAGAAUCAAUUCUUCUUUCCACAGAGAGAGUGAAAAAGCUGCCUUUUACUGUAACGCCUUGAUGGACGUGAGAAAGAAGGAAUGUAAGGCUGACUACAAUAUCAUGGAGAAAAGGACUCCACAUAUUAAGGAGGAGGACUGUGAAUGGGAGUGUGUCCACCCUAAACAGGAGUGUCUGGGCAUUAAGGAUGAGGACAGUGAACUGGGGUCAGUGGGCAUUAAAGAACAGGGUGAAGAGAAGUCUGCCAGCACAGAGAUGCACAAAAAUAAAAGAAUGGAGAGUGUCAAGGAAGACAGACUUCAUUAUGGGUGUCAAGAUGGAGUGAAGACUGACUUUGACUCUUCUCAGAGCAGACGUUGUUCAUCACCAGAGCUGCUUAUCAAUGUGAGCUCUGAAACGUUACAUUCUGACACAAAGAGGACUGAGGAAGUUUCAUCUGUUAUAAUUCAGGAAGAUGGGCCAUCAUCUACAAAGACAUUUAUGCAGAGAGACAAACCUCACUGCUGUUCUGAAUGUGGCAAACAAUUAUCAAGCAAGAGUAACCUUUCGAGGCACAAAAGAAUUCACAUGGGAGAGAAACCUUAUUGCUGUCCUGAAUGUGGUAAGUGGUUUUCAGAAAAGCGCAGGCUUCAGGGCCACCGAACCAUUCACACGGAAGAGAAGCCUCAUUGCUGUCCUGAAUGUGGUAAGUGGUUUUCGCAAAAGAGGUAUCUUCAGAGCCACGAAAGAAUUCACACAGGAGAAAAGCCUUAUUGCUGUCCUGAAUGUGGCAAGCAGUUUUCAAAAAGGAGCAAUCUUCAGAGACACCAAACAAUUCACACAGGAGAGAAACCUUAUUGCUGUUUUGAAUGUGGCAAGCAGUUUUCACAAGAGUUCUAUCUUCAGAGCCACCAAGGAAUUCACACGGGAGAAAAGCCUUAUUGCUGUUUUGAAUGUGGCAAGCAGUUUUUAAAAAAGAACCAUCUUCUGCACCACCAAAGAAUUCACACAGGAGAGAAGCCUUAUUGCUGUUCUGAAUGUGGCAAGUGGUUUUCAGAAAAGAAGAAUCUGCAUAGCCACCAAAGAAUUCACACGGGAGAAAAGCCUUUUUGCUGUUCUGAAUGUGGCAAGCAGUUUUCAAGAAAGAGAUAUCUUCGGAUCCACCAAAGAAUUCAUAAGGGAGAAAAGCCUUAUUGCUGUUCUGAAUGUGGGAAGUGGUUUUCGAAAAAGAACCAUCUUCAGAGCCAUGAAAGAGUUCACACGGGAGAAAAGCCUUAUUGCUGUUCUGAAUGCGGCAAGCAGUUUUCGCAUCAAAGCACUCUUCGGCGGCACCAACGAAUUCACACAAGAGAGACAGCAGAUAUGGAUGUGAAAGGGAAAGUGUCUGGGGCUAACAGAAAUAUUAUGGAGAAAAAGACUAUAAAUGUUAAGGAUGAGGACUUUGAAUGUCAUCAUAUCCACCCUAAAAAGGAGAGUUCAGGCCUUAAAGAGGAGGACAGUGAACUGGGGUCAAUGGGCAUUAAAGAAGAGGCUGAAGAGACGUCUGUCAGCAUUGAGCCACCCAAACAUGGAAGUGUAGAGAGAGUCAAGGAAGAAGACCUUAAUUAUGGGUGUCAAGGUGGAGUGGUGAGUGGGUUGGUCUCUUCUCAAAGCAGAUGCUGUUCAUCCCCAGAGUCUUCUGUAGAUGUGAAGUCUGAAUCAUUACAGCCAAAAUCAAAGAAGCCAGAGAAAAUUUCACCAGUCAGAACACAAAAACGUCAACCCGCACCUACAAAUAAUUCUGAAGAAAGUAACAAACCUUUUUGCUGUUCUGAGUGUGGUAAAGAGUUUUCACAAAGAAGAAAUCUUCAGAUCCACAAAAGAAUUCACACCGGAGAGAAGCCAUAUUGCUGUCCUGAAUGUGGCAAAAAAUUUACACACCGAAGCAAUCUUCGGAUCCACAAAAGAAUUCACACUGGAGAGAAGCCAUAUUGCUGUUCCGAAUGUGGCAGACAAUUCUCAUGCAACAACAAUCUUCAACGCCACAAAAGAAUUCACACUGGAGAGAAGCCAUAUUGCUGUUCUCAAUGUGGCAGACGAUUCUCAAGCAACAACAAUCUUCAGUGCCAUAAAAGAAUUCACACUGGAGAGAAGCCAUAUUGCUGUUCUGAGUGUGGCAGAAGAUUCUCGGAAAAGAACCAUCUUCGGUGCCACAAACUAAUUCACACUGGAGAGAAACCAUAUUGCUGUUUAGAAUGUGGCAAACAAUUCUCACGAGCUGACUCUCUUCAGUACCACAAACUAAUUCACAGUGGAGAGAAGCCAUAUUGUUGUUCGGAGUGUGGCAAACUAUUCUCACGAAUAGGCACUCUUCGGUGGCACAAACGCAUUCACACAAUAGAGAAGCCAUAUUGCUGUUCUGAGUGUGGCAAACAAUUUCGUAGUAUUAGUGAUCUCCUGAGGCAUGCAAAAAUUCACAGUGGAGAGAAGCCAUUUUGCUGUGUGGAAUGUGGCAAGCAAUUUUCUAGCCGGAGUAAUCUUUUGAGCCAUACAAGAAUUCACAAUGGAGAGAAGCCGUAUUGUUGUUUUGAGUGUGGCAAACAAUUCCUAAGAAACAGCACGCUUCAGUCCCAUAAACGUAUACACACAGGUGAGAAACCAUAUUGUUGUUCUGAAUGUGGCAGACAAUUCUGCCACAGGAGUAAUCUUAUGAUCCACAAAAGAAUUCACACAGGAGAGAGGCCAUAUAUCUGUUCUGACUGUGGCAAAACAUUUUCACGAAGUAGCAUUCUUCAGCGCCACACAAGAUGUCACAGACAGCCGCUCGUGCUGCUAGAUCGAGAAAAAGAAAAAGCUGCUAUACGCUAUAACAUCUCGAUGGAUGUGAAACAGGAGACCUGUGAUGUUGACACAGAUAUCAUGGAGAUAGCUUUACAUAUUAAGGAGGAGGACAGAGAAUGGGAGUCAGUGGGCAUUAAAGAACAACCUGAAGAGAAGUCUGUCAGUAUUGAGACGCAUAACCAUCCAAAUUUGAAGAGUGUAAAAGAAGAUGACCUUCAUGAUGGGUAUCAAGAUGGAGUGGUGACAGGGUUAGACUCUUCUCAAAGCCGUCACUGUUCAUCUCCAGAGAUUUCUGUCAUUGUGAAGUCUGAAUCAUUAGAGUCUGAACCAAAGAGGGAUGAGGAAACUACAUCUGUUAGAACUCAGGAAAAUCAACAACCACCUACAAGGAAGUCUGGAGAAAGAAACAAAGAUCACUGCAAUGUGGAAUGUGGCAGAGAAUUCUCUGGCAGGAGUGCUCUUCAGAACCAAACUAGAGUUCACAUUGGACAGAAGCUGUAUUGCUGUAAUGAAUGUGGUAAACAGUUUUCAAAUAUAAGCAAUCUGAAGGACCACACUAGAGUUCACACUGGAGAGAAGCCGCAUUGCUGUAAUGAAUGUGGUAAACAGUUUUCAAAUAAAAGCAAUCUGAAGGACCACACUAGAGUUCACACUGGAGAGAAGCCGCAUUGCUGUAAUGAAUGUGGUAAACAGUUUUCAAAUAAAAGCAAUCUGAAGGACCACACUAGAGUUCACACUGGAGAGAAGCCGUAUUGCUGUAAUGAAUGUGAUAAACAGUUUUCACAUAUAGGCAGUCUUCAGAGACACACUAGAGUUCACACUGGAGAGAAGCCGUAUUGCUGUAAUGAAUGUGGUAAACAGUUUUCACAAAUAAGCUACCUUCAGAAACACGCUAGAAUUCACACAGGAGAGAAGCCGUAUUACUGUAGUGAAUGUGGUAAACAGUUUUCAAAUAUAAGCAAUCUGAAGGACCACACUAGAGUUCACACUGGAGAGAAGCCAUAUUGCUGUAAUGAAUGUGGUAAACAGUUUUCAAAUAUAAGCAAUCUGAAGGACCACACUAGAGUUCACACUGGAGAGAAGCCAUAUUGCUGCAAUGAAUGUGGUAAACAGUUUUCACAUAUAGGCAGUCUUCAGAGACACACUAGAGUUCACACUGGAGAGAAGCCGUAUUGCUGUAAUGAAUGUGGUAAACAGUUUUCACAAAUAAGCUACCUUCAGAAACACGCUAGAAUUCACACAGGAGAGAAGCCGUAUUACUGUAGUGAAUGUGGUAAACAGUUUUCAAAUGUAAGCAAUCUGAAGGACCACACUAGAGUUCACACUGGAGAGAAGCCAUAUUGCUGUAAUGAAUGUGGUAAACGGUUUUCAAAUAUAAGCAAUCUGAAGGACCACACUAGAGUUCACACUGGAGAGAAGCCGUAUUGCUGCAAUGAAUGUGGUAAACAGUUUUCACAUAUAGGCAGUCUUCAGAGACACACUAGAGUUCACACUGGAGAGAAGCCAUAUUGCUGUAAUGAAUGUGGUAAACAGUUUUCACAAAUAGGCAGUCUUCAGAAACACGCUAGCAUUCACACAGGAGAGAAGCCGUAUUACUGUAGUGAAUGUGGUAAACAGUUUUCACAUAUAGGCAAUCUUCAGAGACACACUAGAGUUCACACUGGAGAGAAGCUGUAUUGCUGUAAUGAAUGUGGUAAACAGUUUUCACAAAUAGGCAACCUUCAAACACAUGCUAGAAUUCAUACAGGAGAGAAGCCGUAUUGUUGUAAUGAAUGUGGUAAACGGUUUUCAAAUAUAGGCAAUCUGAAGGACCACACUAGAGUUCACACUGGAGAGAAGCCGUAUUGCUGCAAUGAAUGUGGUAAACAGUUUUCACAUAUAGGCAGUCUUCAGAGACACACUAGAGUUCACACUGGAGAGAAGCCGUAUUGCUGUAAUGAAUGUGGUAAACAGUUUUCACAAAUAAUCCACCUUCAGAAACACGCUAGAAUUCACACAGGAGAGAAGCCGUAUUACUGUAGUGAAUGUGGUAAACAGUUUUCACAAAUGAUCAGUCUUCAGAGCCACACUAGAGUUCACACUGGAGAGAAGCCGUUCUGUAAUGAAUGUGGUAAACAGUUUUCACAAUUGAUCAGUCUUCAGAAACACGCUAGAAUUCACACAGGAGAGAAGCUGUAUUGCUGUAAUGAAUGUGGUAAACAGUUUUCACAAAUAAUCCACCUUCAGAAACACGCUAGAAUUCACACAGGAGAGAAGCCGUGUUUCUGUAAUGAAUGUGGUAAACUGUUUUCACAAAUAGGCAAUCUGAAGGACCACACGAGUUCACAACAGAAUAAAAACAGUAGCAGUUCAAUAAUCAGUCCAGAAAAACUAGAACCCUUCAGGAAUCUAGAGUGAGGUUCUCUCCUUUCUGGAUAGUAAGCACAUUUAACUGACUGGAAUCCAUCCUAAUUGGUGUUGUGUCAAAAACAAAUCAACACAGAGGAGAAUAAGAAGUUUAUAUCCGUUUUCCCUUUCCAGAAACAAAAUAAAGAACAGAGCAUCAUGCAAACCGCUUCUCACCAAAGGCUUUACAGCCUCCACCAUGCGUCUAGCUCUGUUUUCAUAACAAACAUAUUACAUAUAGAACUAUUACAAUAUAUUAUACAUAUUUCAUCAGAAAAAAAAAAACUCUACAAUAUACACAGCCUCACACAAUAAAUAAUAGUUCAGCUUUAUAUAUA